GCGACGCGGCGAAACGGAAGAGCGCGCGCUUUGCUGUACAGGCGACUUACGCAGUGUAAAAGCGACUCGGCGAAAGCGCCAUUCAUCUCGCGUGUGUUGCAGGAUAACGGGGCAGCAGUUAAAUCCGCAGUGCAAUUAGUGGCAUAUUUUGUGUGUGUGUGUGUCUGUGUGAAGCAUAAUAGUUAAAACCAACAUCUUCUGUCAGUGUUAACUUAAAAGAAGUUGGAGCAGCAGCAGCAGCAGCAGCAUCAGGAGGUGGCGCCUCCGCAAUGUGUCGAUGUAACCAGGAACAAACGAACCAACGCGCAGCCAACUGAGCGGUUCGCGGAGCAUACCCCACCGCAUAGGCCUCCAAAUUUUGUAGUUUAUUGGUAUUGGUGCUGGGUCGCGUGCCUGUGAGCACACACACACACUCACAUACGCACACGCAGGGCCACUAAACAUGCCUCGCAUACACUACUUGGAGCGUGAGGAACAACGUCCUUGCAGCAGCCGCUUGCCCGCCGCCGGCAGCGUUGAUGCCAGCGCUGCCAGCGCCUCGCCGCCGAGUGGAGUUGGAAUCUCGCCGCACGGCUCGCCGCACGGCUCGCCGCAGCUGCAGCAGCGCCUGGGCAAGCAUCUGAGCAAGUCCGCAUCGGAGCUGAAUGGUCACGAUUGCCACAGCAACGAGUCGCCGCAUCUGUCGCCGAAGCGGGCCAAAAGCGCCGCCUCACAGCAGCUCGUGAGCGGCAGCAGCAGCGUUGUGGGCGUGUCCAGCGGCGCAGGCGUGCUGCAAAAGACGCACGGCUUCUUUAACAAUCUGAGGCACCGCUGGAGUCGCGCCAAGAGCAAAGACCGCAUUGGCCGCAAAUCGCCCAGCGAUUUUCUGGAGGAGAGCACCGACUAUGCCGCCGACUACAGCUCCGAGAGCAGCUCCGUAACGCAAAGUCCCCGACAUCGGGCCACCACAAUUGGCUCACCGCUAGCGCGAGAUUUUCGUGCCACUGCGAAAAUGGCGCAGGUUAUCCAACGCUUCGGCGGCUCCAUGGAGGGUCGCAUCGACGAGCAGCCCGAGCAUGGCAACAGCCACGCCCCGGCAGUUGGCGCCAGUGGUGCAACGGCUCAGCAGCAGCAGCUCGAUGCCCUGCAGGCCGACGAGCUGCGUCGUAAGCGGGAGACACAAUUACGACAAUUCGUCUUCUUUCAGCUACGCGUCCAUCUUAAAUCCGGCUGCGACCUGGUGGCCAUGGACAAGAAUGGACUGAGUGAUCCUUAUGUCAAAUUCAAGGUGGGCGGCCGACUGCUGCACAAGUCGCGCACCAUUCACCGCGACCUCAAUCCUGUGUGGGACGAGGUGUUCAUUGUGCCCGUGGAGGACCCAUUUCAGCCGAUUAUUGUCAAGGUCUUUGACUACGAUUGGGGACUGCAGGAUGAUUUUAUGGGCUCGGCGAAAAUCGAUCUCACUCAACUGGAGCUGGGCAAGGCGGAAGAUAUCAAUCUGCAGCUAAGCGAUACGAACAACGGGGAGCCGGGCCUCAGCAUGGGCGAGAUACUCAUCAAUCUGACGCUGUGGCCGCGCAGUCAGGAGGAUAAGGAAAUGCACUUUCAACGCAAUUCCAAACUAGCUGAGUCAUCGAAGCGUCUUAAGUCGCAAAUCUGGAGCUCCGUGGUGACAAUACUUCUGGUCAAGGCCAAAGAUCUGCCGCUUGCCGAGGAUGGCAGCAAGCUCAUCGACAUACACUUCAAGUUCAGAUUGGGCAACGAGAAGUACAAGAGCAAGUCUUCCUGGACGGAGCGCUGGCUGGAGCAGUUCGAUUUGCAUCUGUUCGAUGAGGAUCAGAAUCUGGAGCUGGCUCUCUGGAAUCGCAAUACGCUGUACGGCAAGGCCAACAUUGAUCUGAGCGUCUUCCAGCGCGAGACCACACAUGGCAUCUGGAAGCCAUUGGAGGACUGCUGCGGCGAGGUCUUCCUCAUGCUGACCAUAAGCGGCACCACGGCGCUCGAGACGAUUAGCGACCUGAAGGCAUUCAAAGAGGAUCCGCGCGAGACCCAGCUGCUGCGCGAGCGGUAUCGCUUUCUGCGCAGUCUGCAGAAUCUACGGGAUGUGGGUCAUCUCACGGUCAAGGUGUUUGGCGCCACGGGCCUGGCAGCGGCCGAUAUUGGCGGCAAAUCUGAUCCUUUCUGCGUGCUGGAGCUGGGCAAUGCGCGUCUCCAGACGCAGACCGAGUACAAGACGCUGACGCCCAGCUGGAACAAGAUAUUCACCUUCAAUAUCAAGGACAUCACCCAGGUGCUGGAGGUUACAGUCUACGACGAGGAUCGCGAUCAUCGCGUGGAGUUCCUGGGCAAGCUCGUGAUUCCCCUGCUGCGCAUCAAGAGCGGCGUCAAGCGCUGGUACACGCUCAAGGAUAAGAAUCUGUGCGUGCGCGCCAAGGGAAACUCGCCGCAGAUACAGCUAGAGCUGAUUGUGAUCUGGAACGAGGUCCGGGCAGUUUGUCGCGCUCUGCAGCCCAAGGAGGAGAAGCUCAUCCAGCAGGAGGCCAAGUUCAAGCGGCAGCUCUUCCUGCGCAAUGUCAAUCGCCUCAAGCAGAUUAUAAUGGACAUACUGGAGGCUGCACGCUAUGUCCAGAGCUGCUUCGAGUGGGAAUCGCCCGUGCGCUCGAUCAUUGCCUUCGUGCUGUGGAUUGUCGCCUGCGUCUAUGGCGACCUGGAGACGGUGCCGCUGGUGCUGCUGCUCAUCAUACUGAAAAAAUGGCUCAUCAGGCUCAUCACAGGCACCACAGACGCCAAUGCGGGCCACUAUGAUUACGAGUACGACGAGGAUGACGAUGACGACAAGGAGAAGGAGGAGAAAAAGUCAAUUAAGGAGCGACUCCAGGCCAUACAGGAGGUCUCGCAGACCGUACAAAACACGAUCGGCUAUCUAGCCUCCCUCGGCGAGAGCACCAUCAACACAUUUAACUUUUCCGUCCCUGAACUGACCUGGCUGGCGGUGGUGCUACUGCUGAGCGCCAUAUUCGUGCUGCAUUUCGUGCCGCUGCGCUGGCUGCUGCUCUUCUGGGGCUUCAUGAAGUUCUCGCGGCGCCUGCUGCGCCCCAACACCAUACCGAACAACGAGCUGCUGGACUUCCUAUCGCGCGUGCCCGACAACGAGGAGAUUAACCAGUAUAGAGAGCUGCCGCCGUCGGCGACCACCGACCAGGCACGCAAUAAUCCCAAGAAGAAACUCAAGGGCUCAUAGUCCAUAACCAGCGCUGAUGCGGUGCUAGUGGCACCGCUGCACCACAGCGCAACUGGUCCACAGCAUCUGAUGCAGCAGAUGACCACACGCUUCCGCGCCAAUACCAGCCAGCUGAAGCACAAGUUUGGCCAGGCCAAGAGCCUUAGUCUAAGCCAAGGCGAUUAGUCCACUUAGUAUACAAAUUAACGGCACCUAAGCAACAUCCCAGAUGCAACUUUAACUAAAUGCACCAAAGUUUUUGCUUAAAUUAAGAGCUUAAAAAAAAAACAAGUAGAAAUCUUGCUGUCGGGUGUAACCGACUGCCUAAUGCUCGUUCACAGUCGAAUAACUCCGUGAAAGAAACCCAAUUAAUUCAAAUUAAUCUCUAGAGCAACUCCUCAAUAGUCUCUAUACCAAAUUUCCAUACUUAACUUCUUAAGCUGUCGAAUAUAUAUAUAGAAUAUAGAUACUCGAGUAUAUACAAACCAUGUUUCCCGUCAGACAGACGAGGGAGCCAAUAUACUCGUUAACUUGUGAACGAGUAUUCGAAUAUUUUAGGCAACAUUCAUAUUUUUAUCUCAGCUUAAAAUCGAAUCAAACUAUUUACACUUGAUGGAUAUACACUGAGCAAAACUAUGUGGUUCAGUUAUGUAAAUACACCAACAGCAUAUUGUACUUUAAAACGCAUACUAUAUAGAACCAGUACCUAAAAUUAUUAUUGAACAUCUAUCUGUAUUUACCAAGAAAUUUACCAAAACGCUAACCGAGCAAUUCCUUUGCAAUCGUAUGAAUAUGAAUUAAUUAUUUAUUGUAUAUUUCAAUUUGUGAUAUUUUUCAAAGAAUUCAAGCUAGAAGUACUAUGUGGCUUAUCCAAAAUAUAUGAGAAUACUUAUAUAUAUAUAUAAAGAUAUUUGAAUACCUUUACUUCUGAAGUUACCCUACGAUAUGAAUGUAUUUAUGUAUUUGUACUCUAAAUGAUCGCCCUCAAUUUAAUUUAAGGCUUUUUAUAUGCAUACCUAACUAUACUUAACCAUAUAUGAUAGAUCUAUUUAACUAAUUAUUGUAAUUAAAUUGAUCAACAAUUACCUAGUACAUAGGUUGCCAUAUGAAUUGCAAUCCAAACAACUCCGAGAAAUGCAUGAGAAACAACUAAUUAGAUAGUCGAAACUAUUUUAUACUCCAGCAACAAAGUUUUUAUAUACAUACAAGUCCUAAUUAAUUAACA